UUGAGUGCAACAAUCCACUUUCAUUUCGGAAACCACGUGAAGGAUAAAACACUAGCAGCGGGGAUCGUAUCCAAUCUCUACAAGGACAACCUAAUCGUAAGCGCAAUUACAACAACGGAAGGGUUACACAAAUACAAAUGUUUGAAGUCAAUCUUCAAUGACCUCAAAAUGAACCCUAGAGCAUUUCUAAGCAACAACCUCAACAUCAUAAAGGCUAUAUCAGCUCCUGAUCGAUCUUCAAAAACAUCUCCCGAAGUUCUUGGACAAAUUUCCGUCGUGCGUAAAGUACAAAUACAACGGGAAGAAACCAUCAGCGAGAGCACGACUGCACAACAAAUUGCAUCCGUGUACGAUCUGUUCGUAUUGUUCAUCCCACUUUUUGUUAAAACAAAGCACUUCCAACAUCCCCUCUGGAAACAUCACUAUGAUUGGGAAGAACCUCUAAGCGAAAAGCAUAAACAACAGUGA